AUGAAGGACGAUGGAAGCGCUUUUUCGUGGGGCAAUGGGGCCUUUGGUGGGAAUUAUGGAUCUGCUUCAAGCCAGCUGACCUCCGGCGUUGUCGACAUCUUCUCCUCAGGGCACGCAUUCGCAGCCUUGAAAUCCGAUGGAAGUCUCGUCACGUGGGGAGCAGGCAAUCAAGGCGGCUCGCUGACAGUUCCAGCGGAUGUGACGUCGCAAGCAAGCUCUGGGGUCGUGACGGUGGGCUCGAACAGCCACGUGUUUGCUGCAAUCAAGACUGAUGGCAGUGCCUUCACAUGGGGUGAGGGAUCUUACGGUGGUUCGCAUUCCGAGCCAGUGACCUCGGAGUUGACAAGCGGCAUCGCAUCAAUCAUUAACGGCCAUGUUAAAGACGGACGUGUGUUGGCCGCCAUGAAGUCGGAUGGAAAAGCUUUGGUGUGGGGCGGUCAAACGGGCUCGCACGUCUUCAACGACGUGAAGGCAGUAACUGUCUCAACGCAUGCUGCUGCAAUCUUGUUUGCCGAUGGUACGGCGGAGGCUGUCGGUUCCUCCAGCCAUGGCGGAGACGAGAGCUCUGUUUCCUCCCAGCUGACUGAUAUUGGUGCCAUCUACAGCACUGGUUAUGCAUUCGCCGCUGUGAAGACCGAUGGAAGCGUGGUAACUUGGGGCGACUCCGGAAAAGGCGGAAAUUCUGAUGCGGUAGCGGCCGACUUGGCGUGCUGUGUGCAGGAGAUCUUCAACACAAGAACGGCGUUCGCAGCAUUGAAGAGUGAUGGUAGCAUCGUUGCUUGGGGGGACUCUGCACAUGGUGGAGACACCAGUGGUGCAGAUGUUUCUUCCGGCGUGAGGCUAGUCCAUGGCAUCGAGUAUGAGGACGACGGAGCCUUUGCAGCCGUGAAGUGGGAUGGCUCUGUCGCGACCUGGGGGCAUAGCAGCUCAACAGCUGGCUUGCCGUCCUCCUUAAAUGUCGGGACCGCCACUUCGACCCAGACGACCACCUCUACUACAACCACGAGCCAGACCGUCACCACCAGCAGCACGACCACUCAGACGCGGACAACUCAGGACUACAUGAUGCCUCCCAGCUGGCCCUUCCUCGUGGUCUUCCUCGGGGGAGCUUUCGCGCUGCUGGUUGCGGGAAACUUCAUUUUCCCUGGUGAGAAGAAGUGA